AUGCUUCAAUAUGCGAUACCGCCAGCCUUCAAAGACAAAUUGGAGGUCAUUACUACUCACGACCAGCGAUCGGACGACGAGAUCUUUGGAUCUCUACGCCGCCACGUACCUGUUGUAGGCGAGAAGAACGUAUGGGCAUACUGGGAUGGCGGAAUUGAUCAACUACCAUCGUGGUGUAGGCGCAACGUGAUUGAUUGGGUUCGCAUCUGCGGUCCAAACUGGACUAUCCGCGUUCUUGACAACGUCCCAGGAUCGCCUAAUCAUGCCUUGGAGUUCGCACCAAAAGAGAUGCUUCCCAAAUGCUUUAUCGAGGGUACCAUGACUGGAAAGCAUGUCGGGCAGCAUUCAUCUGACAUGAUCACUGGGGCCCUAUUGUACACUUACGGCGGUGUCAAAAUGGAUGUUGGAUGCAUUCUUCUCCGUGACUUGGAUCGUGGUUUGUGGUCUGUCUUGGAAGAUCCUGAGUCACCAUACGAGAUCGCCGCGCCAAUUCAAUUUGCGCAGUAUUUGGCAAAUCAUUUUCUCGCGUCGAGAAAAACCAACCCGUUUAUCAAAAGAUGGCAUGACCUUUUUAUCCAUCUUUGGGAAGACCGUGAGACUAGUGAGGGUAUAAACUCUCAUCCACUGUUAAGCCACGUGAAAGAAAACUUUUCCCUCUCUGAAUCCAAGAGCAAGGGCUUCAAGUGGGACUUCAAGGUCUCUUUUGAGGAGCUCCUGGAUUAUGUCGCCCAGAAUGCAUGCUGGGCACGAGUAUGCAUGGUCGAGGGGAGCGACGACGAUUCUUUCAAUGCAUCUGAGUACUGGAUGUCGCAUGUCCUCGCCAUCGACGUGCUACAGGAGCACUGGGCUGCGAAGACUCUCAUCGGCGGGGAGAACUUCGGGGAGCAUCUCUAUGAGUUGUUAGCGCUCGGUCUUGACACUGACCCAGAAUAUCCCGAGGGUCAGGCCUCGUAA